CUUAUAGAUAAUAUAGACCCUUUUCCCUCAAGCGUUUCAAGUCCACACUGGACAUGGAACAUAGAUGAAUUUAGACCCGCCCCAUGAGAGAAGAAACUCUAUGUGGUGACUGCUGCUCUUUCACAGCGAGCACAUAUGAAACACCGACUGGAUGUACUAUUUAAAAAAAAUACUUUGUUAAUAGAAAAGUUAUUCCAUAAUGUCUUGCUUACAUAAACGUCCAAAGAGGACGACAUCCGAGGAGCAGGUUUUCCUGGAGAAGGUGAGAAAAAUUGCGCAGGAGAAUGGAAAACGCUUAGGUUUGGAGGGAGAUGAAGAUCUACAGUUCCUGCUGGUCGGCGGGGAGCUGGUCAAGAUUCGCUCUAGCUCCUGGAAGAAGAACCGCUUCUUCAAACUGCAGGAAGACUGCAAAACAUUUUGGCAUGAAUCUCACAAAACAUUCCGGCGAAACCAGACCUUUUCCGUCGAUGACAUCGAUUCAGUGCGCAAAGGCCGCCAGUCUGAGGUGCUUAAUAAACACACCGAGCCUAGCGUUGAAGAGAAGUGCUUCUCCAUAAUCUUCAAGGGCCGCAAGAAGAAUCUUGACCUGAUGGCAGCCAGUGGACCAGAGGCGAAACAGUGGGUCAGCGGCCUGGAGAAGAUCAUCUUCAACAUGCGCAACCUCAGCCACCAGCAGAAGAGUGAGCACUGGAUAGUCAACUGCAUGCGAAAAGCAGACAAGAAUGAGGACAACAAGAUGACCCUCAAGGAGCUGAAACACUUCCUGCGACAGAUCAAUGUUGAAGUGGACGAUACUUACGCAGCAGACCUUUUCAAGCAAUGUGACACGUCCAAUUCGGGGACCUUGGAGGACUCAGAGAUCCAGCACUUCUACAGCCUGCUGACGCACCGGGAGGAGAUAGAUGUGAUUUAUGGGAAGUUUGCUGAAACAGAAGGUCAGAUGAGCGCCAGAAAUCUUCUGGACUUCCUGUUAAAUGAGCAGAGGGAGGAAGCGUCCACCAUGGCGGACGCCCUCAAACUGAUUGAAAAAUACGAGGUGGAUGCGACAGCGAAGCAGAAGAAGCAUAUGACCAAAGACGGCUUCUUGAUGUACCUGCACCAUGAGGAUGGCUCCAUCCUCAACCCAGCUCACAAAAACGUGUAUCAGGACAUGAACCAACCCCUCAACCAUUACUACAUCUCCUCUUCACACAACACAUAUCUGAUGGAGGAUCAACUCAAAGGACCCAGCAGCACAGAAGCCUACAUAAAAGCGCUGAUGAAGAGCUGUCGCUGUGUGGAACUGGACUGCUGGGACGGGGCUAACGGCGAGCCUGUUAUUUACCACGGCUACACACUCACAUCCAAAGUGCUCUUCAAAGACGUCAUAAAAGCCAUCAAAGAUUACGCCUUCAAAACGUCUGAGUACCCAGUGAUCCUGUCCCUGGAGAACCACUGCACCGUAGACCAACAGAAGAUCAUGGCCCAUCACAUGAUCUCCAUCCUGGGUGACGCUUUAGUCACAAAACCUCUGGGCAACACCCUGCCCACCAACUUCCCCUCACCGGAGGAGCUGAAGGGCAAGUUCCUCAUCAAGGGAAAGAGAUUGAACAAACUAGAUGCUAUCUUCAACAAUAACAACACUUUAGAGGAAGACACCGUGUCUGAAGAGGAUGAGGCUGCAGAUUGUAAGGAGAAUGGACAAAAAGCCAAACCAAAGAAAUCCAAAAUCAAACUUGCCAAACAGCUCUCAGACAUGGUCAUCUUCUGCAAGAGUGUCCAUUUUAAUGGCUUUGAACACGCCAAGGACAACCAUAGCUUCUAUGAGAUGUCGUCCUUCAAGGAGGGUAAAGCUUUCAACCUGGCUGAUACUUCAGCUACUGCCUACAUCCAUCACAACAUGGACAAACUCAGUCGGAUCUACCCAGCGGGCUCGAGAACUGACUCCUCCAACUAUAACCCAGUGCCCAUGUGGAACGUUGGCUGCCAGAUUGUGGCGUUGAACUUCCAGACUCCCUCCAAGGAGAUGGACCUAAACCAGGGUCGGUUUCUGCCAAAUGGUUGUAGUGGCUACGUCCUGAAACCAGAAUUUCAGAGAAACCUGUCCUCUCAGUUUAAUCCCAGCACAUUAACCGAAGGGCCCUGGCUAAAGAAGAAGACCUUUCACGUCAUGGUGAUCUCAGCUCAGCAGUUACCUAAAAUCAACAAGGACAAACACAAAUCCAUCGUUGACCCUCUGGUAAGAGUGGAGAUCUAUGGGGUCGCGACAGACAACGCCAGCAAGGAGACACACUACAUUGAAAACAACGGGUUCAACCCAAUGUGGAAUGAGAGAUUCCAGUUUGACAUCCACGUUCCAGAGCUGGCCAUGGUUCGAUUUGUGGUGGAGGACUAUGACUCAACGUCCCAGAAUGAUCUCAUCGGGCAGUACUGUCUACCACUUACCAGUGUACAGAACGGAUAUCGCCACGUCCCAGUGUUAACCAAAAGCGGAGAUGUCAUCAGCUCAGCCGGACUGUUUGUGCAUCUCAUGCUCAUCGACGCCCAGUAGGCCUGUGUUUUGGAAAACCUUCAUGCCAGCGUCAGCAUUUUUUUAAAAACAAAACAAAAACAAUAAAACUCUAAAGGAGUCCAGUUUUAAAGCUAAAUAAUGUAACUCAAAUAUUCCAAAAGUUUUUUUUAAUGGAAAAAAAGAAUGUGUCCUCUGCAAUGCUGCAGCUGCUGACUCACCGUUUGUCUGCGUAACAUUUUCCUGUCAUUGAGUUAAAAAAAAAAAAAAAAAAAGGGUUGGUGG